CACCGACAGCAACAGGAUGACGUGCGAUCAGGUGGAGCGAAGCAGAUCUGCUGCUCAGCGCGGCUCAGAAGCUGCUCAGGACUACAAACCGUUUCAUUCCCUGAACAUCUGAAGUAAAGCACCAGAACCGGGCGGGCUGCCGCCGUUCGUGUCGGUCGCGGUUCGUAUGAGGAUCACGGCUGCUCUUAUGGUUUCUAGGCAAACCAGGAACGUUUUCCAGGAUCUAUAAGAAGUGCUCUGGUGCGACAGACGCGUGAUGCUGUACUUUCUGCUGCUGACGCUGCACUGGACGACGGUCACUGCGGCACUGCAUCCGUCCACACGCGCCGCUGCCGCUGCCGCCGCCCUGCAGGAGGAUGGAUCAAGGCCGUAUAUUUACCACUGCCGAUCGCCCAACAUGGAGGUCUUCACCUGCUGGUGGCGUCCGAUCAAUAAUCAGGACAACAUCACCUACACGCUUCAGUACAGCACGGGGACUGGCGCUUCUCAGGACUGUCCCGAUUACGUGAGCGGCGGCAUCAACAGCUGCUUCUUCGACACCAAACACACUCAGGUCUGGGAGAUGUACUGCAUGAAAGUGACGGCCCACACUGGCACAGGGUCGCUGACCUCACAGAGACACUGCCUGGACGUGGCUGAUAUAGUGGAGACCGACCCGCCAUUUAACCUGUCCUACAUCAUGCUGAACGAGAGCCACUGUGGAUCCUGUCGCUCCAUCAUGCUGUCCUGGAUGUAUCCGGUCGAGUCUCAGGUGCGGGAGGGAUGGAUUACGCUCGUCUACGAGCUGCGCUACAGAAACCUCGCUCAGCCAGACACCUGGAAGAUGAAGGAGCGUUUGCGGGAGCCUCAUGUUGAGUUGUUGGAUCUGCCGGUGGGAACGUAUGAGUUCAUGGUCCGGUGCCGCUCCGCCAACAGCAAACACUGGAGCGCAUGGAGCGAGUCCAUCAGCAUCAGCAUCAUCGGCAGACCUCUGUCCGAUCGCAUGUUGGCCUUCAUCCUGGUGACCAGCCUCAGCAUCGUGGCCUUCCUCAUCGUCGGUUUUGGGUUCAUUCCACGAGGAAAGAGAAUCAAAGCGUUUCUCCUGCCACCGAUUCCCAAACCGCGCAUCCGAGGGCUCGAACCCGUUCUGCUGAAGAAUGGCAAGAUCGAUGAGAUCAAUCGUCAUUUCUCCAGUUUUCACGGCUAUAAGCCGCCGCAGUACUCUAUGGAGACUUGGUACCAGGUCAGCGUGGACGCGUGUCCAGCUGUGGCGUCUAAAGAAGAGAACGCAGCUGUCGCUCAGUACGUCUCCGGCCCUGAAGGACAGCCGACCCCUCAGACGAGCUGCAGUCCUGCACCUUACUGCCGCAGCGGCCCCGCCUCCUACUGCGAGGGAGCCACACCUCCUCCAGCCCCUGGCCACACCCAACUGGAGCUCGUAUCUGUCCCAGGCAUGGACUACAGCAUGAUUCUAAACUCCGCCCCCGCGCAGCCGCCGUCGCAGGACUUCUACACGUGUGUCACCGGCGUGACGGCCAGCGGGGCGCUGCAUCUGGUGCCCUGCCUGCCCGACAUGCUGAAAAACACGCCCUAUGUGCAGUUCAAAGAGGGCGCGGACGGCAGUGCGGACAAGAGCGGCCAAUUGGCGGCGCUGCUGGAGAAGCAGAUGGAGGAGCUGUCCUGCGACUCUGACCCGAGCGAAGCUGCCGUGCCUUUGCUACCUCAUUCAUCAGACUGAGCCUAAAUCAGCGAAUGCUCAGGACCUGCAGCAGCAUAACGGACAUGCGACGUACAAUCACACACACACACACGGUCCACUACUGACACAGUCUGUGCGGGUUUGUCUUGAAAUACAGAAUAAUGACUGCCGCUUAGGUUCAGAGAAGUGCAAAUUGUUUUUUUAUGGAAUAUUGCAGUGUUUAUUCUAAAUUAUUUAUCGGUGCACAUCAUUAUUGUUUUAAAUUCACGUGUCUCGUAAUCUUGAAUCAGAAUAUCUUCUCCUCCCUCUUGCAGCAUCUCUUCUCUUCUCUGAUGACGAGGGCGGGGCAACCUGUCACUCACAUAAGAUCCACCAAUAGCAAACCACAACCAUCCAAUCAAUUCCCCACAGACAAAAUCAAGCCCCACCCUACAUUUGUUCUUUUCUUCCCUACUGUGGCAAAUAAGACCAGCGCACCUUCCCUUCCACUUUAAGUGUCUAAAUCAUUCUUCAUCUGUGCGACUGAUGCUCAUGAUGGAUGAACUUUCAGUACCUGAUGUAAUUCCCGCAUUUGGACCUUUUCAUUUAUUGUUACAUGCUGAAAUUUACACAGUUCAUAUUCAGAAGACUAUAGAGAAUAUUUUAAUGUCAGCACUUCAAACUCGGUCUUCAUUCAGUGAACAUUUCAGAUCGUUGUAAAGCAAACUGCACAAACGGUGUCAGUGCUCGUGGACUGCACUGUAACACACACACACACACACUCACACUCCACACACACACACACACACACACACACACACACACACUUACUCACACACACAUGACGAGCAGCUGAACUCAAGGUUUAUCAGUAAAUUCUCACAACGGCCGUUCAAGCCAAACCCGCUGCUGUCAGAUUUCAGGAAACCAUCUGGAACAAAACACACACUCUCAGAUCUUAAAAGUCAUGUGAUGCAGGAAUAUAUUUUUAAAUCAAGGACAGAUGAGAGAACUGAAGCUCUUGUCAUGCAGUGUGAUUCACUGUGAUUCUCAGCCAGUGUCUGAUGGGUAAUAACCUCGUCCGGCCCUUCUACUGUAUGUUCAUUAACAAGAAGCAUUUACAAGCCAUGAAUACAAAAAUAUGCACACCAAAGACACACUAAGAGCCGUCGUGAACACGAGACGAGAGGAUGAAUAUGAAUUAUAAAGAAGUUGUUGUAACACGGGUGUAUCGUUUGCUCGUUGAGCGGGUGAUGUUGUAAUGAAUGUACGGUUGUGAUGAUGAGCCACACGACACAAUCCCAUUAUAACGUUUCACUAAUGCAUCACAGUUUUAUACACACUGAUCCUCAGUGACAGUGAAUGAAGCGAAGUGCUCGUGAGCUUCAUCAGCGACGGGGCUGAACUCAAUACUCACACUGGCCUCGCGCCGUGGAUGUCAAUUAAACUACGCUGUG